AUGGCUUUCUCUAAGGCAAAUUUACCCAAUCUUCGAAGGCUCUUUGUUGAAGCAAGAACAGAUGCUGAAGAGAGCACAUAUUCAAGGAAUGCUUUCUACAACAUAGUCUUAUUCAUAUCAUCUAUUGCAGUAUUCAGUGUUGUUGCACAGCGUGUCAGCAAAGUUCAAACCUGAUUACUAGCGAUGGAAUGCUCUAUCCAGGCAACUGGAAAGAGACGUCAACAAUUUGCUGUACGAAACUUUUCAUUAUCUUGGCUUUCUAGAGGCUUGAAUAAAGUUCCUGGGCCUC